AGUCGCCUGUUGCUAUCGUUGCGGUUUGGAUUGUUAACUAGUCGACACUGGAAAAAUAACUUUAUAUUUUUAAUUCGUAGCCGUUUUGUACAGUGUCAGGAUGAAUAUCACUCCAGUGGGACCACAGCCUAGCCGGCUAACCUGCCCAUCAUGUCAUGCUAGCAUAGUUACCAGAAUAGAAACUAAAGCAACAACAAAAACCCACGUCAUUGCUCUUGUUUUAUGCUUAUUUCUGUGUUGGCCGUGUAUUUGCAUACCUUACUGUGUGGAUUCUUGCAAAAAUUCCGACCACUAUUGCCCUAACUGCAACGCAUAUCUCGGUACCUAUCAACGAUAGUUCUAACGACUCAAUUAUACUUUGACUCUAUUUUUUAGGCGAAAUACACGCAAUCAAGGUUUUUUCAAAAUAUUAAAUGAGUAAAGCUGAGUAACUUCCUUCGUUGGUUUGUUAAUUUCUAUCGGCAACUUAUUUAAUGUGAAAUUAUUUCAAACAAUGCGAUUUGUUUUUAUUAGCUUAUAAUGUUUAUUUGUAAUAGGUAUAUAUAGAAAUGUGAUGUUAAUGUUAAUAUAAGGAAAGAUUAUACGAAAUCUAAGUAAAAUACGUUCUAAAAAUUGUCUUUUUAGAACGUAUUUACAUAUCAAUAUUUACUAAAACUUAUUAUGUGUAUAAUACUUGUGAUGUGAUACAAUGCUAUGGUACGAUAUCAUCAUAGGUACUACGACAAUAAUUAUCAAAUUUUUAUUUUAUGUCGGUUUUAGGUUUUUCUGUAUUUUUUAUUAUUUAUUUGUUUUGUAAUUCUAUCUUAUAAAAUGUCUCUUUUAGAUCUAAGAGGAUUGUGCAUUUUUGUUUUUCUUUUUGUAAAAGGCGCUAAAAAUUUCAACCUACUUACGUUAUAUCAAGUUACUAUGAUGCGAGGAGUUUUGUCGACAACUUGACCGACGGAUUGCUGCACUUAUUGUUUACAUAUUUAUUUUAAUUAUAGUCAGAGAGACACAUCAACAUAUUGUAAAGAAUUUUGUGAACAAAAUACACGUGUUUACCUUAUAUAGCACCGAUAAUGAGUUGUGAUGAACCUAGAGAGAAUACUAGGUCAUAGACAUGAAUUUAAAGUACUGUUAGCAGUUCUUAAUACGUCUGCGAAAUUUCAGAUUAUUUAGACGUCUGGAAGGUAAAACGGGAUUGUUUUUAAAUUUUAUUACAUUUGUACAUAGAUAGAUACAGAUCGAGCUAAUUUAACAUAAAACGUGUAACAAGAAUAGUUUGACUACUACCAUUCCUAAAGAAUUUAAAUUACGAACAGUAUAACAGAUUUACAAUAGCUUAGGUUAUCAAAUUGUUUGGAUUUGUUCACCGACCGAUUAAGUUCAAUGUUUUUUUUUUAUUUAUGGGUGAAGUAUCCAUAUUUUCAAAGUUGCACCGUAAAUAUUUCAACGAGAUCCGAAAAAAAACUGAACAUCUUUUUUCAAUAAUACAAUUAUUAUAUAAUAAAAACUGUGUUCAAUACGUAUUAUUUACGAUUAGCCAAAAUGUAUUACAUUAUUACUAUUAAUCAAAAUAUAUAUAAAAUAAAUUGAUCUGCAUUUACUUUUAUUUUUAUCAAUACAAUACAUUAAAAUACGCUUUAUUUUACACAAAGAAAACAUUACAUAACAGGAAAUAAAUAGACAUAAACAAAAAGUGUUUUAAUUGCUAUGUAGCAAUCUCUUCCAGACAUCCUACAAACUAAUCAAUAAUUAAUAAUAAAACCAAAAUGCCAGAAGCAACGUUUUUAUACAGCUUGGCGAUAAAGUUAUCACAUUAAAUGAAAAGACUUAUCCUAUAUAACAUUUUUUGAACAUACACAACUAAAAAAAAUAUAUAAAAAUUAACAUUCUAGUCGCAAUAGCCCUUUUCUUCGUUUUUUCCCCUUAUGAACGGGAAAGUGUAGGUAAAUAAUUACCUAUGUCGAUGCCGCAUGAGCACUGCGCAUCUGCCGCACCGUUGCCGCUUUUACAUGUCACUACUGGUCAGUAAACUAAUAUCAUCAAGGUGAUUUAUUUCGUGUCAAUUUUUACGCUAUUUAUUUUGUUUGAAAGAUGCAUUUUUUAUUUUUGGUAGAAUUGCAUAUUUUAUUAUUUUAAUCGACAUAUAUGAACUUGUAUAUACCGCUGUGUUAUUUAAUGUGAUAACCUAAUCGCCACCGAGUAUAUAAGUUUAUGGAAAAAGUUUCUUCCUAUUUUAUAUACAAUAUCAAGACUUCUUUUUCAAAGUUUAAUAACAUUUAAUUAUAAUAUAUAUGUGCCAUUUUGUUCGACAAAUUUUUGCCAUUUUGUAGGUAGUGACAGACCAGACCGGCAGAAAAGUUCGCGGCCUAGGGUACUUAACGAUGAGUAAUUAGCUUGUUAGUCAUGUCACUAGUUACAACACUCAGUAGUAUUAUAAAAGCAAUCACUAAUAAAGUUUCACUCAUAGUUCAAUUAUUUAUUGAACAAAAAUACACCACCAUGUCAGCCGAAUCUGAAAAUUCUCGGAAUUUUGAACACCACGCCGUGAUAAAAUUCCUCGUAAAGAAGGGAAAUGCAUCGAAAGACAUUCUUGAAGAGAUGUCAUCGGUUUUUCAGGAUUCUGCGCCUUCACAUACGAUGGUGAAAAAAUGGGCCCGCAUAUUUCAACAAGGAAGAGAGAGCUGUGAAGACAACCCUCACCCGGGCCGCUCUGUCACGGUACUGACCAAAGAAAACGUCCGGCAAAUGGAAAAAAUCGUUCUGGCCUACCAAAGAAUUAAAUUGUGGUAGAUAGCUGAAGAACUGCAAACUAGCAAAAAAUGAGUUGGAGAAAUUUUACAUGAAAAUUUGAAUAUGAGAAAAAUUUGCACGUGAUUGGUACCGAAAAUGCAAAAUGCUCACACUGCUCAACAAAGAUUUUUUGGAGCUAGUCGGCGAUAACAAGAAAGAAAGAAAGAUAUUUGGCAACGGAUAGUCAACGUAAAUGAAACAUGGAUCCGCCAAUAUGAUCCGGAGUCCAAACAAGAGUCCAUAGAUGGAUGGAUAAGAAAAGGAGAAAGGCCGCCGAAGAAAUUCAAGGUGGAUAAGUCGGCGUCCAAGCUAAUGGCGACUGUUUUCUGGGAUAGUGAGGGAAUCUUGCUUAUCGACUAACCUACCCAGGGGAACUAUGUUGAAUGGUAAAUAUUAUGCCAAUUUAUUGACUCAGGUUCGCGAGGCUAUUGUACAAACAGGACGUCGGAAACUGACGCGCGGAAUGCUCUUUCUGCAAGACAACGUGCCGGUCACACCACACAUGUUGCUAGGCAAGCCCUGAAAGACACGGGGUUCUCAGAGAUUGACCACCCUCCAUAUAGCCUAGACCAAGCACAUAGCGAUUUUUCCUGCUUUCCUAUUUGAAAAAGUACUUACGGGGCCAGAGAUUUGCAGAUGACAAAGAAAUGAAAGCUGCGGUUGAUCGUCAUUUUGAAGAUAAAGAUACAAAUAUUUUUUGGGUUGGUUACAGGGCAUUGUAUACGAAAUGUGAGAAAAUGUAUUUCACUUGAGGGAGAUUAUAUUGAAAAAUAAAAUAUUGAAACAAUAUAUUUUCUUCCAUUAAGUACCUGAGGCCGCGGCUUGAGUCCCUUUUUUAUUUUUUUAUUUUUUGUAAUAAAACUUUGUACCGAUUUUCUUCAUUAGAUGCACUCACUUUGGCGGAUAGAAAAACAAUUGAUAAAUGGCGGUUUAAGUAUUGUUUUUUACUUUUUCUUUUUCUUAAUUGCCAUUUGUAUUAAUAUUAAAACCAGCCAGAAAUAAAAAUAAAUAGAUUUUCUUUUUGUUGUAUUGUUUGUAUCUAUAUAGAUUAAAUUUUAUACAAACAAAAUACGAAGAAACUUUUUCCCCGGCCUUUUAUUAUGCAGUUCAAAUAAGAAUAAGACUGACCUGGCGCCAUGUUGUGACGUCAUAGCUGUCAAUUCAAACCAGGUAGGUAGGGUGAGCAAAACAGAUAUUUAUGAAAUAAUAUUUAUUUACAAAUAAAUACAAAAGAACCACGAUAGAACAAGUUUUAAUGAGAAUCAAGCAUUUCAAUAAUCAAUUUAAUUUAUCUAAUGAAAUAUUUUAUUUAUAUAUUUAAUUAAUUUUCUUUGCGGCAAAAUGUUGCCAAUAAUGAAAAUAGAGAAACAAACAAGUUAUUAUUAAUUAUUUUCAAAAUAGUUAUGACUUCAAUCGAUUUGAUAAUACUAAGUCUUAGUUAAAUAAAUAUAAAAUUGGAAGACAAAUUUUCUUUUUUUCUUUGUCCGGAAUUAUGGCGAAAUAAUAUUUUGUUAGCUUAUGAGAAUAGACUGCACCACAUAGCAAAUUAAGAACUUGCCAUUAAAUCAAGAGGGCACGUCACAUAUAAUUAUCUGAAAAGUCAUACCGACUACUUUUUUAUUGCUAAAUACCUAGGCUUAUGUAUUUAAUAAAAACGACUCACGCAAUUUCAAAUCCCAAAAUUUGGCAAAUCGGCCUUGAUUUCUUUAUAAAUAGCGCAACCUGGUUUGCGUAUUUUAUCUCUUUCGUGUUUUGCUAUUUUGAUGACCAUGAAAUACUAUAGCUUGUUUAUUUAUAAUAUUGUUCGAAUAUCUGCGAGAAAUAUAUUCCGCAUCGUCGAUAGUUUUAAUAUUUAGUCUGUACUUUUUUUACCUACCUAUAACAUUUUCGAUUCACUUUUU